UUUGUUUAGUGAAUUUUAGACAUAGGAGACUAAUAACGUACCAUACUACUGUUACUGAGAAAAAUAAGGGUCGUCUGCGUUGCCAAGUCAGCAAGCAGUUCAUGAAGAUUGAUUGAUUGUUCAUUUUAAUUUUUAAUUAUUUGAUUGUGUUCACUCUAGCAUUUCAGUUUUAAAGAGUUUUUUUUGAUUGUGUAUUGAAGUCAAGCUUGAAUUAGUCUUUACUUUUUCUAAUCUCUAACAUUGAUGUCCUAAGUGGGCAUUCAUCUAGAAGGGAUUUAAGCUGGCAAGUGCUCUUGCUGCAAUUUCACUCUCACUGAAUCAAAUUCUGCACACUGACCUGAGCAGCUUUUGUUUUUCAGAGAAUUUUUUGAAAAUGCUACAUAUACUGAUCAUGAGUUUCUUUAUCAUGGGAUAUUCUGGGAGAAGUUUGGGUAUAGUGAUCCCAGAAUGUGAGCUGCAGAAAAAUGGAGAUAUGUAUAUCAUAGCAACAUUGAACAUUUGUUCCACGUAUUCUAAAACACUUAAAGUUAUAAACAUGGGAAAGAACACAGCAUUACAAGCACUCAGGGUUGCAAUGGAGACACUCCAGACAAGGUAUGACAAUUUUGAGAUAGGAUACAAGUUCUACAGUAGAUGUGGAUACUGCAACAGCAGUGAUAUUAAGAACACGUCAAAUGUGCUUCUUCACAUAUCAGAUGAUUAUUUUGGCUUCUCUAGAUUUAAUCUUCAAGCACCCAUCCAGGCUAUAUUCCGUGGAAAUGAAUUAUAUCCAUUACAAAAACUGACUGAACCAACAGUGAAUAAAGAAUUUGACGAGUUUUUUAAAGCACUGCAGUGGAAUAUUGUGGAUAUAAUUUCUGAAUCAUCCAGUGAAGACAUAGAGUUUAUAAAUGAAAACAACCCGAAUUAUUGUUCUGAAAAACCACUGGUAUUUGCUGACCUUAGUGCCAGAAAUGUGACCGAAAUUUUUGAAAAAACACUUCAAUCUUAUUCAAAUGCUAUUUUGUACUUUGGUAGUUUUAAUCAUUUUUACCAGCUAAAUGAUUUAAAUAAGAAAUUAAACAAAACUUUAAUGUACUAUUCUCUUAAAUAUCUAAGUGAGUUGCAAGAUGGUUAUAGUCACCUAAAUGGAACAAUUUUGAUCUUCGAUGAUGUACAAAGUGCUGAUUUUGAGGAAUAUGCUGGGAGAUUCGUGGAACUUCUGAAAUUUCCACACAAGUACUCAGAUGUCAACAUCACUAUGAAGUGUCAAAACAAUAGAUGGAACUCAGAAAACAGGUUAUCUUCUUAUAAAAGGGAAAUUGGCCAAAAUAUCUUCAAUUUCAUUCAACGCCUUUACAAGGUUGUUAACAACAUAUGUUCAAAAAAUCUGCCUGAUUGCCUGUCAAGGAACAUGCCAGCCAAUUCAGCUGAGGAUAUUAAAUCCCAGUUUGUGGAUAGAAAUAUCUAUUUUGAUGGACUUCUCUCAAGAGCUUAUUUUGUGGAAGCAGAAGGGUCACAAAUAACUCUGACGUGCAUCAGUGAUGUAAAACAGUCACUUCCAUCUUCUUGGUGCCCAAGAUCCUGCUCUGAAUGGGAGAGGACUGUACAGAAAAGCGACUGUUGUGUAGAAUGUUCAAACUGCUCAGAGGGGACUUUCAGCAAUGGAACAGCCUGUCUCCAUCUCACCAUUGCCUAUGAGGUUUCCAUCUAUAUCCUGUCCCCACCAGGUAUCCUGCUAUGUUUUGUGUCACUUUGUGUCUUCCUAAAACAUGCAGAUACCCCCAUUGUAAAAACCUCUGGUGGUUACAUUUUCUACUGCUACCUUUCUGGGCUCCUCAUUGCUUUCUCCAGCACCUUCUUGUUCACCGGGAAGCCAACAGAUAACAAGUGUCUCACUGGCCUGCCUCUGUCUGCUCUGGGGUUUGCUCUAUGCUUCUCCAGUACGAUUGCUAAGUCCUGCCAGACUUCAAAAAUUUUGCAAAAGCUGAGUAAGUUCCAGGUACAUUUGAACAUUGGCUUUAUUGUGGCGGGCACUCUAGGGCAGGUAGCCAUUUGUUUGGCAUGGAUGCUGAGUGAUCCCCUCAAAUUCGUUUACCUCCCAAAAGGACAGGUCAUCACAAACAUGGCCUGUGACUGCACCAACCAAUAUUGGUACUACAUUUGUUUCUGCUACCUUGCUAAUCUGUGUUUGAUUUCUUGGAGCCUGACCAUCAAAAGUGCUGUUCCUCCAAGGUUUACUGACACCAGUGCUAUCUCCUUUAGCAUACUAAUCUUUCUCUCCAUCUGGGGAUGCACAAUGUUCGUGAUCAUCAGUGAAAAUGAUGGCCUUCAAGCUGUGAUACUUGGAGUAUCCAUUGUUUUGUCCUGCUGGGGUAUCCUGGGUUGCCUAAUUCUGCCCAAAGUAUUUGUCAUUCUUUUCAGGCCAGAAAGAAACAACGAGCAGUGGAUGAGCUAUGUCACAUACGAGUACUGUCGCCAUAUUGCUUUUAAGGCUGACUUGAACUUUGAAAUUCAGCGCUUACAUUUCUCUUCUCCACAAGCGAAACAGUAAUGCAGAAAUUGGAACACAGCAGUCUGCUUUAUCUUCUGAUGCGCCUCAGCAAACAGUUUAUAGAGUAAAGAGCAGUGAAAAGGAAGCAGUCACAGCAUCCAUGCUUUUGAUAGCCUAGAAAGAGGCCUGCAAUGUUUGAGCUGAUACAGCAUUUCCUACAUCCCUUUAUUGUAACCUUGAGUCAACACUAUUGAAUUGUCUUCUUAAUUUUGUUUUAAUGUGAUUUUAGAUUGUGGUGCACUGUAGGCUAAUAGUUCUAAACUGCUUUGGCAUGAUUUAUCAAUAUUAACUUAAUUGUUCUUAGCAUUUCUAUUGUUUUAUCAUGCUAAUUUUAUGUUAGGAUAUUUUAACUGUUUUAGUGUAUGUUUAACUAUUAAACACUUACAAUGAAUACCCUCCAAAUUAAAGGAGAUCUUUUAAACCAGAAGUCAUGCAUACAAGCAAUAAUGAGACUCCUUUCAGAAUUUCAAUAUGUCAUUGCAGGGCUAAAUGGAGAUAGAAAGCAGAUAUAAAGGCAACAAUUAAAAAAGAAUUUAGAAACACAACAGAAUCUAUCCAUCCAUCCAUUUUCCAACCCGCUGAA